ACAGCAGAGUUUUAUUUUUCAGGAAAUGAAAGCUAAGCAGGCUAUAUAAAUCCGGUGCAGCUCAACACUACACACUAUAUGAAGUCAUGGGGCUGUUAACUGCAGCUUUAGUUUGCGGUGGAGCAGCUGGAGCUGUCGUCGCUGCUCCUGCUAUUCUGGCCGGUGUAGGGUUCACCUCCGCCGGGAUCGCAGCAGGCUCCUAUGCUGCCGGCAUGAUGUCAGCUGCUGCAGUGGUUAACGGGGGAGCAGUGGCAGCCGGAGGUACAGUGGCUGUUUUGCAGACAGCAGGUGUAAUCGGUCUGCCAGCAGCUGCCUCUGCAGGUGUGGCUGGCGUCGGAGCAACCGUUGGAUGGAUAACUGCAGUCCUCCUCAUCUGAGAAAUCAUGAAGGAACAUGAUGAAUGUGUACUUUGCCAAAUGAAGGAGGAAAGUACAAUUGACAGCACUUUCACUGACUAAACAGCACUUUUGUCAUCUCAUACAAAAUGUUUUGUUUAAUAAAUCGGUCUUCUAUUAAACAUACUUGUUCAGUG